UAUAAAUAUAUAUAUUAAAUCACGAUAUUCGAUUCUAUUUUGUAUUUUAUUGCGUAAUGACGAAUUCCAUAGUUUUCGCAAUUGCAUGUAAUUAUCUUGUCCGAGUGAUGUACACUUCCGAAGUCGGAAGUAGAAUAUUCAUCACGCGAGGAAAAAAUGCAGGACGCGCGUUACAAAUCGCAGUGCGUGCGUGGUGCUUCGAAAACACUGUCUAAAGUCAUUAAUUUGCAUAAUGGCACGUGUUAAUUUACUGUUGUUUUUCUUCAUUAUAUGUGCGGCAUAUUUAGCGAUCUGCGAUCGCUGCUGUCUAAUCAAUUAUCAAGAGUUGCCGCAAUAUGAUCUGAUAAAGACCAAUCGGCGCUCGAAUCAGCCAAUCAUAUCGCGGAAUGUGGUUUCUAACGUGGAAGAAUGCAUGGAAUUCGCGGCAUCGAAAAGGGCUCUCGCUUUCAAUCUUGCUUCGACGAGGAAGCAUGUCGGAACUCGAGAAAAUACGUGCCAAGCUCUUCAAUGCCCCGAAGAUUUCAACAUGACUACUCUCGUACGCGCGGCAAAUUACAAAUACUACAGCAUGUACCCGAUUUCCUCUCUGUUUGAAAACUCUACGAUAAAAUGCAUCGCUAAAGCGGGGAUGUUUGUAUUCUCAUCCACGAGCUUGAAUUACACGGAAGCCCAAAGUUUCUGCCGAAAACGAAACGCAUCUCUCGCGCACGUGAUAAGCGAGGAACGUACGGAAGGUUUGGCCAGAUUCGUGUCACAAAAUCGUCCCAGCUUCGUGGGUCUCAGUAACAAUGAUAAAGAGGGUAUCUGGAAGAACGAAUUCGGCGAAGCCUUGUCUUGCUUCAAUUAUCGAGCAUGGGGCGAGGGACAACCAUCGCAUAAGGGUUGCGUCGCCCUUGUAAACCCACCUGCUGAGAGCUCCCCGCCCUUCUGGAAAGUGGUGCCCUGUUUUAAAUCGUUGCCAUUUAUUUGCGAAAUUUCGCCAUUGUUUCAACGAUCGUCGCGACAACAUCAUAAAAAUCAUAAUCGCACGUAACACGAAUACGAAUACAAUAAGGUACGAAAAAUUACGCAUACAAUGUGAUAAUUGUACAUAAUAAAAAAUAAACUUACGCGCGAGAAAAAUCGUUUUCUUAGCAAAGAUUCUAUGAAGCAAAA